UCCCCACACAACACUGUUUCUCUCUCAUUCUAGUUCUCCAUGUUUUGACCGUUGUUUUUCUCAACGUCUCUCUCUGAGAUCAACGCCCCCAUUCGGAGCAAGAGAGUGAGUGAAGCUGCAUUCAGCUGUUGCUGAAAUUGGAAAGGCAUAGAGAAGAGAUGGGAUGUUCUCAAUCAAGGUUGGAUGAUGAAGAGGCAGUGAAGCUUUGCAAAGACAGAAAACAUUUCAUCAAACAGGCUGUUGAGCAAAGAGCUCAAUUUGCUACUGAGCAUGUAGCAUACAUUCAGUGUCUGAAAAGGGUUUCAGCAGCACUGUUAGAUUACUUCGAAAGCGAUGAGUCGCACCAUUUGCCAUUAGAUUCAUUCAUAAGCCCACCUUCCACACCUGUGAAGAAAACCAGUCCUCUUGGCUUCAUUCCCAUAUCAUCAAAAUCCUUCAGCCCAACAAAAAAUGAGUUUGAUCCCAAAACAACUUUGAAGGUGAAUUACUUAAGGCCGGGUGGUACUCCAGCAAUUUCAGUUGAGGAAAGGCCUCAAAUGCCGGAAGUGGUUCGGGUCGAAACAUAUUAUCCCAUGCACCAGUUUGGCAAUGAUGGUUUCUUUCCUAUGCAAUCCUCACCUAUGAAUUCCUCAAUUUUUGCUUAUUCUCCCAAUAAUAGGCCUAAUAUCCCUCCUGCUUCACCUCAAUCUUCCCUAUGGGAAUCAUUUUGGAACCCUUUUUCAUCAUUGGACUAUUAUGGUUACCCCAACCAAAGUAGUUUUGACCAGACUGGGAUGAGGCAGGUCCGAGAAGAAGAAGGAAUACCAGACCUGGAAGAAGAUGGAACUGAACAAGAGGAUUUUGUUGAAAAGGGAAAUGUAGCAGAAGUAAGUGCCAAAAUUGAUGUGAACUCGUCCAAAGAAGAAGUCACGGUUGAAGAUGUUGAUGAACCCAAGGAGGAAGUGGAGGGAAAGGUUGCUGAAACUGGAACUGUGAAUGAAGUCACAGAACAAGCCAAUGGCGGUGAAUGUUUUCAAGUAUCUAAAGCUCAAACUGCUGGUCAGGAAAUGGCAACUGGUAAUCAAGAAGCAAAGGAAGACACACCUGGUUUUACUGUUUAUGUUAACCGAAGACCAACAAGCAUGGCUGAAGUGAUCAGGGAUCUUGAAGCUCAAUUCACAGUAAUCUGCGAUGCGGCUAAUGAUGUCUCCGCAUUGUUAGAGGCCAAGAAAGCUCAGAAUUUAUCAGCAUCAAAUGAACUGUCAGCAUCAAAAUUGUUGAACCCAAUAGCGCUGUUCCGCUCAGCUUCCUUACGAUCAUCCUCAUCAAGAAUUUUAGUGAAUUCUUCAGACACUACGGAUGAGGAUUUCGAAGGCACCGAUGAUUCAUCCGAGGAAGAUUGUUUGUUUUCUGUUAGUCAUCAAUCAACGUUAGACAGGUUAUAUGCAUGGGAGAAGAAACUCUACGAGGAAGUCAGAUCUGGAGAACGUGUUCGAAUCGCGUAUGACAAGAAAUGUCAGCAACUCAGGAAUCAUGAUGUAAAUGGAGAGGAACCCUCUUCCCUUGAUAAAACAAGAGCAGCCAUUAGAGAUCUACAUACCCAGAUAACAGUUUCAAUACACUCAGUUGAAUCUAUUUCCAGGAGAAUUGAAACUCUAAGGGAUGAGGAGUUGCAUCCCCAGCUUUUUGAACUGGUGCAAGGGCUUGCCAAGAUGUGGAAAGUGAUGGCAGAAUGUCAUCAGGCACAGCAGAGAACCUUAGAUGAAGCCAAGAUUCUUCUUGUUGACACUGAUGCGAGAAAACAGUGUGCCACAUCACUAACUGAUCCACAAAGGCUUGCUCGUUCGGUCUCCAGUCUUGAAACUGAACUGAGACAUUGGCGAAACACCUUUGCAUCGUGGAUUAGUUCUCAAAGAUCCUAUAUCCAUGGUCUAACUGGUUGGCUUCUAAGGUGUGUGAGAUGUGAGCAUGAUCCGUCAAAGCUAGCAUGCUCUCCUCGUAGGUCUAGUGGCACACAUCCAUUAUUUGGACUUUGUGUUCAGUGGUCAAGGCGUCUAGAUGUCCUUCAAGAAACUGCAGUACUUGAUGGCAUAGACUCUUUUGCAGCAGGCGUAGGGUCCUUCUAUGUACAACAGUCAAGAGAAGAAACUCGAAGAAAUCAAGUUGGAUCAAAAGAACAUGAUGAGAAUAUGAAAAUGGUGGAAGUUGGUCAUGUUGAAGAAGUGAUGAGCACUGAGAAAUUGGCUGAAGUUGCUAUGGAGGUGCUCUGUGCUGGUAUGUCAACUGCUAUGAGCUCAAUGGCAGAGUUUGCUGUUGAUUAUGCUGAGGGAUACAAUGAAAUUGUUAAGAAAUGGGAGAAUGUGAACUUGCAGCAGAUUUCUUGUGGAACUGAUACAUAGAUAUAGAUAGAGAUGGGUUACAUUUUUUGGUUCAUUUAAAUAGUUUAGCAGAGGGUUUCAGUGGAAGUACUUUGUUUAAGGAUAAAUAUAGAUGAAAGGAAAAUGAAGGGGAGGGAAAGAUUUUAUGCCAAUCUCUCACCAUUGUUAGAGAAUUUUUAUAGUUUGGGGAGGGGAAUGAGAAAUUUUCAAUGUAAUGCUCAAGACCGACCCUCUUUGUAAGUUUAAGAACAUUUUGAAGCUCUCUAAUUUGGGGAUCUUAAAUACUCAAACAAGAGAGGAAAGUUAUUAGUUUA